AUGGAACAGCCACAACAAAGGUUAACUCGUCAGACAAAAGAAAAUUUAUCAUCAACAUCAUCAUCUUCUCGUAUUCUCGAUGCAUCAACACGUGCACGUCGUACACAAAAAUUUCUUGACUCACUUGAACAAGAUAAUUUUCAUGACGAUCCAACGGAACCAUCAUCAUCAUUCGAUUCAACUUUAACUCAAGAACAAAUAGCCAAAAGUCUUAGUAAUACAUCUGCAUUUGGUUAUAGUCGUCAUUCUAAAGGAUUAAUUCUUGAAUCUGAUGAACCAACUACAAUAACACCAAAUUCAUCAAAUAAACGUCGUAAAGUACAAUUUAAAUAUGAUGUAUUUAAAACACGUUUUCGUAAAAAUUUACAAACAUUAUUAGAUGAAGAAUUAGGUUCUAAUGGUGAAAAAUCAAUUGACGAAAAAAAUUAUUUUACUAUUGUAGCUAAACCAUCAAAAUAUCCAUCUAUAAAACUUUGUUCUGUAUGUGGUUUUUUAUCUCAAUAUACAUGUCAAAUAUGUGGAAGUCUUUAUUGUUCAUUAAAAUGUCUUGAUAUACAUAAAGAUACACGAUGUUUAAAAUUUACUGUUUAA